AUGACGACAUACGGCAUGCCGUAUUUUCUAGCAGACAAGACAGGCUUGUUAGGCGGUUCUGAAUUCACCGAUGUUAAUGAUCGGAUGCGACUCGUCUACCGCUGCACGGCCCAAGACUCGACCGGUAAAGCGUAUAUCAUUUACGAUAGCUCAGUGACUGGGGUCCCCUCAAUCACUUUGGAUUUUGGGUCCGAUGACUCGUUGGGCACCAUCUCAUUCGGGUCGGAUAGAUCUCUGCCUAUGAAGAAAUAUCUAACCAAGGUUUCAAUGUUGGGCAGUUCCAAAAACCGCAAAUUUACUGGUUUGGAUGGUGAAGAGUACCGCUGGAAGAAUAAGUCGGAUGAACAUGAGUGGACUUGCUAUACGUCUCAAGCUAAGAUAGUAGCUUACUACGACCUCAAACUUUCUGGAGAGCCCACAUACGGGCUUCAUUCUGGGUGCUGCCUUUCCGUUGAGGAGGAAUACGGUCACAUGGCUUGCGAAUAUCUGGCUUCACUGAUGAUUAUGCGUCAUAUAGACGCCCAUGAUUUAUAA